AGCCAUCAAUGGGGCUUUUGUGCUGAUGGCGCCAAGCAGGUGUCCAAAAACAAGCUGCCUCCACCUCGGCCACAGCCACUAGGCAUAUUCUCUGAAGGCAAGCACUUCCAUCUACGCGCCUUCCUCGAAACUGUCAAGCAAAUCUAUGAGCAAGUGUUCCUACGGGGUGAAAGCCCUGCCCUUGAACAGGAGGCAUUUGCGACCAUGCUGCUGGACCAAUCAACAACACUCAAAUCAGGGACUGUGUUGUUUAAGUUGUAUGAGGAACUCAAGAUUGAUGGAACGACACCGGAUGUGCUG